ACCAACGAAAAAGUGAGCACACCAACCCUGGUACAGUCGCUGGCCGGUGUACCGAUUGCCUUCAUUGCCUGCGGUGGUAACCAUAGUUUUGCGGUAUCCAAAUCAGGAGCAAUCUUUGGCUGGGGAAAGAACACGUUCGGCCAGCUAGGACUGAACGAUCUCAACUCUCGGCAGUUCCCGACACAGUUGCGUACCCUGCGGAGCCUGGGUGUGCGGUAUGUUAGCUGUGGAGAUGACUUUUCCGUCUUUCUUACGGCAGGAGGUGGCGUGUUUACGUGCGGAGCAGGAACGUUCGGUCAGCUGGGGCACGGUAGCUGCAACAAUGAGAUACUGCCUCGCAUGGUGUUUGAGCUGAUGGGUAGCAAGAUUACACAGAUCGCGUGUGGCCGACGGCACACGCUGGCCUUUGUGCCUUCGCGGGGCAAAAUCUACGGUUUCGGACUGAGUGGUGUCGGUCAGCUCGGUAUCGGGAUCGUUGGCAACUACAACACCCCGCAAAUCGUCCGCGGUCCCUGGCUUAAAACGGAUUCGCAACCGAACGACCCGGAUCGGUCGGCAUUAUGCAAUGUACCGCAGGGGAUAGUCAAUCGUAUUUUUUCUGGUGGUGAUCAAUGCUUCGUGUCCAUGUUCGCCGACGAAGACUCGGACGAUUAUCGAUUGUAUGACAAGCAAUCACAAAUACUGACGUUCUCAGUGCAAAUGAGUGAAGAGCUCGCAGCGAUCAAACCCGAUGAUACCGUCGAACUCGAUCUGAUGUCGGCCGUUGAGACGAUCUUCAAAUCGCUUGCCUGCAUUAACGGUUCGCUGUUGCUGCCGAACGAUGAACACUUUUGCUGUACCUCGAAGCACCCGGGAGUGGAUAUGGUGGCAGCAACCGAAGCGUUCGAGCAGGUGCGCAAGAUCGAGCAUGAAUCAUUGCGCCAGCUGAUCCGCGACUCGAUCACCACCGAUUUGCUUGGUUCUCUGUUACCCUCUCCAGCGGAUGUGGAAACGUUACGCGCGUACCUCCUGCUACCGCUCUACCAUGAGUUCUGCAAUCCAAAGCAUUACCAGCUGCUGCACGCACCGUUCAGUAUCUCGGUUCGUCGGCUACAGAAGAUACCGUACGAAAUCGUGGCCCGCUGGUGGUCACUGCAGUCGCGUGAUUACUUCGAGCGGCUGGUCGAGUGCUGUAAAAGCGUUGUGUUGUACAUAGUGAGAUUCAAAAUGCCGAAGGCGGUGACGGACCGGGAAGAGUGGCACGUGCUGCGACCCGACGAGCAUCUGAUGGCAAUGCUAGAUCUAAUGGCGAUCCUUUACUGGAUCAAUCACACCAAGCGUGAACAGAAGCUGGCGUACGAGCAGUUCCAUAUCGGUGAGAUAGCGGAGCUGGUCGAUCUACAGCAGGACUACUAUCGGUGGACACUCGACAGUACGGGUCAGAGCUUCGCGCUAUGUAAUUACGCGUUCAUCUUUAACGGUGCCGCCAAGAUGCUGCUGUUACAGACGGAUCAGGUGCUACAGAUGCACAAAGCGAUCCAUACACCGACUGCCAACUCCAUACUGCCUUCGCUGUUCUUCCCCAGCAUACCAGUAGCGCAGCAGUUCAUCGUGCUUAAUGUGACACGCGAGAACAUCGUGGAGGACACGAUCCGCGAGCUGUCCCAGUACGGUGCGAACGAUCUGAAAAAACCGAUCAAGAUCAAGUUCUUUGGCGAGGAAGGUGAAGAUGCGGGCGGUGUACGGAAGGAGUUCUUUAUGUUGCUCCUGCGCGACAUACUGGAUCCAAAGUACGGGAUGUUUAAAUCCUUCGACGAAUCCCGGACGAUUUGGUUUACGGAGGAUUACUUCGAGGGCGAUGCGGGCAUGUUUGCGCUCAUCGGUAUCCUGUGCGGACUGGCGAUUUACAAUUUCACGAUCAUUGCGCUACCGUUCCCGCUCGCACUGUACAAGAAGCUGCUCGGUGAGGAGGUCGAUAUGAGCGAUCUGCGCGAACUGAUGCCAACAGUGGCGCGGUCGAUGCAGAGUCUGCUGGAUUACAAUGAGCCGGAUAUGGCCGAUGUGUUUCAGCUUACGUUUUCGACCACAAGAGACUACUUUGGCGAGCUACAAACGAUUCCCCUCAAGCCGGGUGGUGAGGAUUUACGGGUUACACAGGAUAACAAGCAAGAGUUCGUUCAGCUGUACAUUGAUUACGUGUUCAACAAGUCGGUUGAGAAAUCGUACCGUCAGUUUCACGAUGGUUUUAUGCGGGUGUGCGGUGGCCGCGUGAUGCAGCUCUUCAAGGCCCACGAAUUGAUGGAGGUUGUCGUGGGGAACGAGGAGUACGAUUGGGUAGCACUGGAGGAGAAUGCCGAGUAUAAGAAUGGUUACUCAUCGAGUGAUCAGCCGAUUCGAUGGUUCUGGGAGGUAUUUCAUGAGUUGCCCCUGGAGGAGAAGAAAAAGUUCCUCAUCUUUCUUACCGGUAGUGAUCGCAUACCGAUCCUUGGCAUGAAAGCGAUUAAGAUUUUAAUUCAACCAACACCUGACGAUAAGUUUCUGCCUGUCGCCCAUACUUGCUUCAACCUGCUCGACCUACCUCAGUACAAGACGAAGGAAAAACUCAAAUACAAGCUGCUACAAGCGAUACAGCAAAAUCAGGGAUUCAAUUUGGUGUAGAGGAGUGAUCUCGUUGAUGCAGUUACCGGGCGCAGGAGAGAUCGCCACGCCGGCAUGAGCUUACAAUCGAAGAAGAAGAGGAAGGGCGCCAUCACGCCUCCGCUGAUGGUACUGAACUGAAUCGUUAAAUUUGUGCGUUUAAUCGUUCGGGGUUAUCGUUUGCCGCUAUUGCGUUGCAAUUUCCGAUUUUCUUUCUGUUCAUUAAAGCUUUCUCAUCUGCUGUCUGGCCGCGAGCUGAACCGGUAGGGCUGUUGUUAGUUUGCAAAAGAAAUGGUUGUUAAAUUGAAGAAUUCGAAGAACAAAGCAAUUAAUCACGGGCAAUAAACAAAUGUGACUGACUUGACAAAAAUACCUGCAGCGCGGAUUAUGCGUUCCUUGUCACCGACUGUGACCGCGGCGAUCUCACAGAAGAGUCCUCAAUUGUUAGCCGGAUAAUCUGGCUUCUCCUUUGCCUUACCUCACGUAAGGAAACAAUUCGAAAAUGCAUGCGAGUGCCAGUACACUGAAGGUAUUAUAUAGUCACCAGCAUGAUCAAAGCUGCAACCGACAACACUAUCCUACGUUCAACAGUAGCUUUAUUGCGCUCUUAGUACUAUUCCUUGAAGGUGUGUGAGGGGACAAGAAGGGGGUUUUGGUAUUGGGUACAUGAUUGCAUAAAAUUAUUUCAUUUUCCGUUGUA